AUGCUGGAGUCUGUGGUAGAGCGGCUCCUUAGCCGCUACCUCGCGCCGUACGUAUUAGGCAUUAGCAAAGAGAAGCUGUCUGUUGCAGUAUGGAGCGGCAACGUGGCCUUGUCGGAGCUGCACGUGAAGCCUGAGGUUUCAGAUUUGCUGGGUAUUCCAUUUAAAGUUGUUUGGGGCCGAAUAGGAAAGAUAACGCUUAAGAUCCCCUGGGCCAGUCUGGGAUCGUCUCCCGUUAGUGUUGAUAUUCAGGAUGUCUAUUUGCUGCUGGAGCCAAAGCCCAUACCGCAGCUCCCUGAUGCGGAACUGCAGAAGCAGCUACGCAGCAUCAAGAUGCAGCAAGUGGAGGCUUGCGAGGUGCAGCUGCAGGAGGUGCGCCAGCAGCUCCAGCAGCAGCUGCAGCAGCAGCUGCAGCAGCAAACGGAGAAGGAUACCGAGGGCGGCUUCUUCUUUCGCUUAGCCAAUAAGAUCCUUAGCACUUUGCAAAUAAGCAUCAAGGGCAUUCAUGUUGCAGUAAUAGAUAAACAAAGAGGCUUCCGUGCAGGGGUUCUUCUGGAGCGUCUCUCGCUGCAGAGCACCGACAAGACCUGGACAAAGCGUGAUGAGCAGCAGCAGCAGCAGCAACAGCAGGACUUUUACAAGACCUGUGAGCUCACAGGGCUGGCUGCGUACUGUGCGCUGGACAGCUUCGAGGGUAGCAGCGGAGCAGCAGCAGCAGCUGCAGCAGAAGCAGCAUCACAAGCAGCAGCACACGCAGCAAACACCCCGGAGUUCUUGCUGGAGGAGGAGCCCGAAGUCGAUGCGGAGCUACAACUGGGGAACGCCCAAGACUUCUCCAAGGGGCCAGAGGUAGGGGCCUCUCCUAGGGCCUCUUCAAGAGACAGUGAAGACGCAGAUUCCCUGCAAGAGAGGGAGCUGAUCGUCAACACGGAGCUGCACGACGAAGAGCUUCAAGGGCCUUCAAGAGACGCCUCAGCACCCCAGGAGCAGCAGGACGAAGGAGAAGAAUUGGGUAGGGCGGCGGGCCCACGCCAACUCUCCUUGGAAAGCAGCGUUGCCUCUGCAGCCCCUUCGAGAGGAGCAGGCGAGGCAUGGGGUCGGGAGGGCUCUGCUGCUGCCUUCCCCCCAACGACAGCAGCAGCAUCAGCAGCACCAGGAGCAGCAGGAGGGAAAGGAUAUUCUAGGGUCCGUAGGGGGCGCAGCAGGUACAUACUGAAGCCCCUUCACUUGCGCCUGAGCAUAGCGCAUACAGCAGCUCGUCAAGAGUUCUCCGCAAGGCUUGAAGUACUGCAGGGAAGCCACGGAGCAGCAAUAGGGAAGGCCCAGCUGGCUGUGCUGCUACAGCUGGUGCAUGAGGCUGGGGAACGGAGGAGGCGCUGCGAGCGGCUGCUGCUGCGGGAGGCCCACACCGUUGCCUUAUCCCCUGAGGCCCUGGAGAGCAAUGGGGAAACUCAAAAAGAAUUCAAUGCACUGUAUGGACGGCAGCUGCAAACAGAAGAAGGCAUCAAGGGUGUGCAGCCCCUCACCGAGGCGGAGGAGCGCCGCCUCCAGGUGCUGUACGACGUCGUAGGCGUCCGCCAUCUGGCCAAGUGGAGAAGCAUCUGCAGGGAAGCAACAAACCGAGUGUUGGCGGAGACACAAAAGGUGCAGCUGCAGAGACAGCCCAAACCUCCCCCGAAAACCUGGUGGCAGUGGGCUACGCGGAGCGGCCAGCAGCAGCAGCAGCAGCAGCAGGAAGGGGGAGAGGAGCAGCCGCUAAUUACACAGGAAGAUAUACAGCUUAUCAUGGACUCUAAAGACGAGACACUCCAAGGAAUGGGGCUGCCGUCCAGCUACCACUUGAGUUUUGACUUGCUGCAGUUUCGGCUGUCUCUUGAAGACGAUGCUGCGGAGGGGGCGGGGGCCCCCGAGGAGGAGACAGAAGAAAGGCCUCUAAAUGGGCCCCCCGAUCUCCCUCUGGAUUUUCCUUUGCCGCCGCGGGAGGGGUUUCUGCUGUCUCCUCCGGACUUUUCUGAUGCAGGGGGUGCAGCAGAAGCUGCAGAAGCAGCAGAAGCAGCAGCAGCAGAGAAACAAGCAGGAGAGGAGGAACUAUCCUUCUUGUCGCUCUCUCUUACAGGCAUGCGGGCAUCCCUAGACUGCUGCAACCGCCAAGAUUACUCAGGUGAAGACAACGCUGAGUGGGCCUUUUCUUUUUCUCUCUCAGACUUCACUGUGCGGCAGAAGCAGCACACACUCAUGCACUUCCGCAGCGAAGCAGACAGCAGCAGCAGCAGCAGCAGCAGCGGGGACUUUGGUAGGACCCACGUGGGGUUGUUUGGGGAUACAGGGAAGCUCAUUCAUCUGCCCUCUGCUAUUUUUCGUGCUGCGCCGACUUCGCUAGCAGCAGCUCAGUUCCUGCUGCAGCACCAACUGACCCCACAUGGCAACAUCCUUGGGGUGUCUGUACACCUGGCGCCCCUCGUGGCCUCCGUGCGGCCCGAUAUUUUAAAGACAAUUUUUGCCUUUUUUGUCUUUGAGACCCCAGAAGACAUCAGGAGACUACAGAGCGGGAGCUCUGCUAUCUCCUCUCUGGAGACGCAGGGAGCUGCUGCAGCAGGAGGCCCGGGAGCAGGCGCACCAGCAGCAGCAGCAGAAGAGGAAGAGCCGCCGCAGCUGCAGCGGGACCUCGGGGCGAUGCAUGCGCGGGAGUUGGUUGAGGGUUUACGAGAGAAGGGAGAAACAGUAUACGCUGUUGCAGUGCACCGGCUACCGGGUUUGCUGCAGCUAGAGCUCGAUAUAGCAGCACCUGUCUUCCAUAUGGAUUCUCUUACCUCUGGCAGUGUGUCCGUACACCUGGGGCGACUGACUCUGAAGACACAAGGGCCUUGUCCCUACGAAGCUUUGCAGGCAGUACUGGAGUUGAACGAAACCCGUCUCCUUUGUUCUCCUAAGGGGGGGCGCGAGGUGUCUCUGCUGCGGCCCAUCCCCAUUCGCAUGCAGCUACAAGUGCAGCAAGCAAAACGCAUUACUGUAGAUUUAGAGUGUGAAGAUAUUUUUCUUGAGGCGACGCCUGAGGCAGUGGCCCUUCUUCUUGCAGUCCCUGUCUCCCUCGCCAAGUCCAUAGAGCAGCCAGCGCUGCCGCCCGCUGCUGCUGCUGCUGUUGUUGCUGCUGCUGCGAAAGCGGGUGCUGCAACUCCAGCAGCAGCAGAGGCUGCAGCAGAUGCUGCUGCCGCAGCAGAUCCGCAUGCGCAAACGGCCCCACACGAGAAAACGCGUAAAGGCAGUGCAGCGGGAUCGGCUUUGGAGACCCUCAAAGGGAUCCCAGCGGCGCUGCGGACCAUCCAGGCGCCUGGAGACAGCAGCAGCAGCAGCAGCAACAACGGAGGCGAGGGUUUCGUGGUAGAGUCGACUUGGCGCUUCAGCCGCUGCGGCUUUAUAGUUCACCGCAGCAGCAGCACGGGAGAGAAGGGGGUGCUGCAAGCGCAGCUGUCUGCUCUUGAUGUUGCAGUGGGGGCUGACACUGGGGCCGGCACUUGCAGUGUAUCUGCAGCUCUUCGCGGUGUCUUCAUCUCGGAUCCUUCUACAAAGUCUCUCCUCUUCCAGUCCCUGAACAAGCAGCCCUCUUGCACCUCUCCAGUGUCUCCUCAGCCUUCUGGUACUUUUGACCGGUUUAGAAGCGCCUUGUCGCAUGCAGAGACGCAGACACUGCAGCUGGAUUCCUUUCAAGAUGCAGUUGAUGACACGGGAGACGGCUAUGGGGACGAUCCCCAAGACGAUCCCGGAGGAGACACCACCCGUUACCGCAGCCUGCGGCUGUCUCUGAACUACACGAGGGAUUCAAACCCACAAACUACCGUUUCCCUCGUUAUUCUUCCAGCAGAGGUGCACUGGAGACAGGAGUCUCUUCGCCGUAUCUUGGAGACAGCUCAGGUGUACAGACAACAGCUCGAUCAGCAGCUGACAACAGCAGCAGCAACCUUCGCCCGUCCACCUUUCCUCUCAGAAUCUGCAUUUGCUGCUCUCCAAGAUGCGUUGCAAGCAAUGCAAAACUCCCUCAACAGAGGGGAUACCACAGCAGAAGCCAACUUCGCUUCCCUCCUGACUUCCCUGAGCCUGAGCAGCAGCGGCAGCAGCAGCAGCAACAGCAGCAGCAGCGAAAGCAGCAGCGCGAAUGAUGAAGCCAGCAGCGGAAUCUUGUGGAUGCGUAAGGGCCUAGAGGUGGGAGGGGCCAUGCCUCCUCUAGCUGCCGUGGUAGACGCCAGCGCGACGCAGGAGGAGCAGCAGCUGCGUCCGGCGUCCAGCAGCAGCAGCAGCCGCAGCAGCAGUAGUAGCAGCAGCAGCAGCGAAAGAAAAGGCCCGUUGCCCGUGUCAUUGUCUCUGGAUUUGGCUGUUCAGGGGGCCGCAGUCUCCUUCUGGGAGGGCCACUCUGUUUACUGCAGGAUGGGGGUUAGAGACGUAUUUCUUUCUCUCUCCUCCUACCCCAAUGGAGACUCGGAGACACUUCUUUCCGUCCGCCACGCAGCCGUUAUCCUCAACGACCGCUGCGUCUUGGCCCCCAGAGAAAAGCUGCAGCAGCAGCAGCAGCAGCAGCAAGAGCAGCAGCAGAAGCAAGAGCAGCAGCAGAAGCAAGAGCAACAGCAGCAGCAAGAGCAGCAGCAGCAGCAGGAGGAGGAAGACUCGAUGCUUGUUUCUCUUAAGAUAAGGCAAUACGGGGGCGGGGAGCCUGGGUCAGGUCACCCUCUUCCUUUUUCUAUGUGCGUAUCUGGGAGAGUCAGCCAAUUGUGUCUGGUGUAUAUACACCAUGAUAUUCAGGCAUUCGUAGAUUACCUACGCGACGGCAUAUUUGAUUUGUUUAUCUCUAAGUCCUACGCUGCAGUAAAACAAGCAGCCACAGGCUCUCGCUCCCUCUUUGCUCUCCACAUUGACUGCCCCCUCUUCAUUGUUCCAGAGAACAAAGCAGCCAUUCCGGCUCUGCAGCAGCAGAGACGAUUGCAGCAGAAACAGCAGCAGCAGCAGCAGCAGCAGCAACUGUCUCCUCGUCCCGAAAGCGAAGCAGAGUCGGUCGCCUUAGCUGCUGCUGCAGCCAAAGUGGAGCUCAAAGGCUUGGGCCGUUAUCUCGUGUUCAGUGCAGGCAUCUUAAAGGUGAGCAACGCGUACAGUCCCCAAUCUACUGUCUCCUUACAGCAGCAGAGUACUCCGAAGCAGCUGCUUCACAAAGGGACACCAGAGGGGGCCCCCUUGGGGGCCCCCCUACCCCGAAGGACUACGGGGCCCUGUGCAUCACCUGCUGCCCAGCAGGCGGCUGCGAGCAGCUGCAGCACUGGCUCAGAAGUAGAGCACACGUCAGCAGCAGCAGAAGCAGCAGCAGCAGGAGGUGCAGGGAAAGAGGAGGAUUGGGCGUUUGACUUGAAGCUGGACUUCUCGGGCAUGCAGCUGAGUGCACGAGACAACGAAGAGGGCCCCCUGGGGGGCCCCCCUAGCGGCGAAGAGAGGACCUCAGUUGAGGGAAAGGUGUUGGAGACAGCUGCUGUGGGGGUUCGGCUGCAGUCUGCAGGUCGCGUCUCUAUUGCUGCCAGCACUUCUCCUUGGCUGCUGUAUCUCUCAAGGGAGCAGCUAACCCUCUUCCUUGAUGUGCUUAAUGAGAACCUUACAGGCGCACAGUAUGCAGACCCACAAACUGCUGCUGCUGCUGCUGCUGUGCGGGAGGGAGAAUGCAGCGCCAGCAGCAGCAGCAAAUGGAGCCCAGGACUAGGACUAGGGGGCGCAACGGAGACAGGAGACAGCGAGAUGCAGAUGCCUCCGAAACAAGCUGAGCAGCAGGAACCGCUGCAUGUAGACUUCCAUCUGUGUGUCCCUAAGCUGCUGCUCGAGACCUCUUUGGGGCCCCACACUCCCCUUGCUUUGCUGACUGUACACCGCAUUGCUGUCUUUGCUGCAGCCUCCUCAUCUCCUCAACAGGGUACCCAACUCCAGCUGAGCGUCACAGGAGAUGUCUUCGCAGUAGACGACCUCAGGCCCCACACCUCUAACUAUUACCGCAGACUCGCCCACUGCACUGGGGGGGCCCUAGAGGAAUCCGUAGAGGGGCCCCUAGGGGCCCCCCAAGCCGAGGUCUCAGGCGUAGGAGCCCAAGGCGCUACUGGAGGUGAUGUGGGUGAAGCCGAGUGCUGCAGCAAGGGAGAAGCGGAGGAAGACGUUGAGUGUCUUCCUGCGGUGUCUAUGCACCUUGUAACGGGGAUAGAAGGGGGGGCUGUAGACGUGGUGCUUAGAGAUGUAACUCUUUAUACCCUUGUUGUUGGCUUCAGCGACUUAGGCAAAUACUUCUCCACAGCCUAUGCAUGCAGCACCAUGAAGCGUUACCCGAAGCCCCAACCCAUCAUCAACGAGCAGCAGCAGCAGCAGCAGCAAGAUCAGCAGCGGCAGCAGCAGCAGCAGCAAGCCAACCCCCGUCGCGACGCACCGUUAGGAUCCCGCACGGUUUCGAAGUCCUUUGCAACGCUCCAGGCGCAUGAACAGAGCAGCAGCAGCAGCGGCAACAGCAGCAGCAGCAGCAGCAGCAGCAGCACGGGGAGGACGACGAUAAGCCUCCGGAUCUGCAACGGACAGUUUGUGGUGUACACGGACCUCGAAAGCCCCACUGCGCCUUUGAUUGUUUGGAGCGGAGACCUUUUUGUCUCUCUUCUUUCUGAAGGAGUGGCGGUGAGUCUGCAGCAGCUGGAGAUACACCACAGCAAAGUGACACGUCUCGAGGCAGCCCCGAGUGAAGGGGAGCUUGCUGCCAGCAGCAGCAGCAGCAAAACCCGAUGCAUGUCUUCUAGCUACCUGAGGGCCUUCUUAGCAAGGCCGGGGCAGCAGCAGCAGCAGCAGGACUGCGGCGUCCAGCUGAGCCCCAAAGAAACGCAGCAGCUCCCCCUUACAGGCAGCAGCCGCCACCAACGGCUGCAACUCCAGCAGCAGCAGCAGCAGCAGCAGGGGGAGGACAGGUACGGGGAAGAGACCCUCUUGGUAGGAGAGUGGCCCGACCCCAGCCGCCUGAUCCCUUCCUUGUUGACUGAGGGGGCUGUGCUGCUGUGCGAGGACUUGUCUCUUCGCGGCAGGGGCAUUUUCCUUGCUGCAGCAACAGAGCAGGAGCUGCAGCAGCAGCAGCAACUGCAGCAAGGAGACACAGACGAGGAAGAAGCACAAAGUGAAGCUGAAGAGACAGACGCAGAGACACCAACACCUGCAGCACCCACCACGGGGAGGUCGAGGGUGGCGGAUGUGCAGCGGGCCUUCGCGGGAGCUGCUGCUGCAGCAACUGCUGCUGCUGCUGCUGCUGUUUCCGAGGCCCCCCGUGCACUCACUAUUACACAGCCGAAGCCGCUCAGCAGCGCAGCAGACCCCGCAAAGGAAAGCAGAAAACAGCAGCAGCAGAGCAGAUUAACAACGAAGGUUAGGGUGCAGCUGAGUGUCCCCAAGUUCUUCCUUCGGGUGAGCAGCAACGAUAUCGUUUUGCUGCUGCAUGCAUUGCAAGGCCUGAGCUCCGACGGCCCCUCAGUUAGCUGCCUCCAGGACCAACUGGGCCCCUCUACAGCAGCAGCAGCUGCUGCUGCUCCUGCUGCAGCCACGGAUAGGGCUACUACUCCCACAUCCAGGCAGCAGGAUCCUGCGAGCCCUGUACACGAGCAGCAGCAGCAGCAGCAGCAGCAAGAGAGUGAAGUGGCUGUUGAGCAGGACGUUAGGGUGUCUGUACAGCUUGCAGGUGUAGAUCUGCUUCUGCUAGACGACCUGCGCGCCUCAGUGGUGCCUUUGCUGCAGCUGCAGCUGUCUGUGGGGCAGCUGAGGGGCCGGGUGUCUAGACAGCACCUCGUGCUGUCUCUAACAGAUAUGAGUUGCAGCAGCAGCUUUCUAAAUGUUAAGAGCGGCACUUGGGAGCCGUUUAUAGAGCAGAUGAUGUUUACUCUGGUGUACAGACGCGACCUACUCCUCGAGCACAAGCUGCAGCAGCAGCAGCAGCAGCGCAUGACAGGCAGCAGCAGCGGCGGUAGCAGCAGCAGCAGGGGCGGGGGCAGUGGCAGCGCAGCAGCAGCAGCAGCAGCAGCAGCUGCUGCUGCUGCUGCUCCUGAGCAGUGGACAAACUCUAAGGCCGCGCGGGCGCUGCUGAUCAGCAGCUAUUCGCCUUUCUUGUUUAAUGUAACCCCGCAGCUAUGCCGUCUGCUCUCUUGGUUUGUUCCUUACUUAGUGCAGCAUCUGCAGCAGGGCCUUAUAAAGGAGACUGUCUCCUCAGCGAGGCCCUCCCGCGCCCCUAGUAUGGGGCCUCCAGGGGCUGCAGCCCUACAGGAGCAAGAUGACGCAAGAAAGAACACACAGGCUCCAUCUGCUGCUGCUGCUGCUGCUGCUUCUGCUGCACUCUCACCGCUGUCCAGAUCCGCUGUUGCUGCUGCAGCACGCGGCUACGCUGCAGAUGCUGCUGCGGCGGUUGCUGCAGCACAGCAGCAACAGGCUAGCGGGGCCCCCUUCCGGUACCUCAACCUAACGGGAGAGUUUCUGUAUGCAUUCACCCUCGUCUCCGAGCAGCCGCAACCGCAGCAGCAGCAGCAGCAGCAGCACAAGCAGCAGCAGCAGUCGGAGCAACAGCAGCAGCAGCAGUCGGAUCACCAGCAGCAGCAGGGAGAAGAAGAGGAGACUGAAGACGAAACCACGGGGGGGGUUAUGGUGUUGCAGGUUGGGGGCUCUGCGUCUCAACCCCUGGAGGCUCUAAUGGAGGGACAGACAGCGCAAUCUGCACGAACAGCAGAAAGGAGACAGAGAGUUUUCUUUGCUUCUUGUGUCUCUCUUGCUGCACUGCAGCAAGCAGCAGAAGUGCUGCCCCACGUGCCGCGCACUGAACUCCUCCGAAGUCUCCUCCUUACCCGCGAUCCUCAGCGCACCAUCGGCGAGUUUCUUGAUGCAGAGCAUGCACAGCCUGCUGCUGCUGCAACAAAGCAGCAGCAGCAGCAGCUGCUGCUGCAGAGACGUUGUGUAGGGCCCUUUCCACAGGGAAUGCAAGCGGUGCUGGUCGAAGCGAUGAAGAGUCACAGUGUCUCCUUGCUGCUGCCUCAGUGCACUCAGGAGCAGCACGGAGCGCCGCCGCCGCCGCCGCCGCCGCCACCGCAGCAGCAGCAGCAACAGCAGCAGCAGCAGCAGCGGACAGCUAGGGCGGUGAGUUCGCUGGAGGAGACGAGGAACAAAAGCAGGGCAGCUGCAGCGCAGGCAGCGGGAGGUGGAGUUACAGUGCAGGCUGAGCCCAACCCAUCGGCGACUCGCACCUUGGCCUCUCCUGUGAAGCAGCAGCAGCAGCAGCAGCAGCAGCGGUCUUCAGGAAUCCGCAUUGGGGUGGAGGAGCGCAGCAGCAGCAGCAUCAGUGCUGCUGCUGCAUGCGUGUGUCUCGCGUGCAUGCGUUUACCGAACCGCAGCGGUUUGCCUCUAGAGGUUUGCUUCUUAGACCCGAAGCAGCAUCCGUUGCUGCUCCCAGCAGCAGCAGCAACAGCAGCACCCCUCCAAGUGCUGCAGCAGCAACCCGAUGUCCAGCAGCAAGGGGAAGCCCAAUCCUUUCAAGAAGCCACCCUACUCGAUCCCCAACUCCAGACGAUCCCGCAGUGGAUGUUAGACAGAGAGGAACGUCAGCAGCAGCAGCGCAUGCAAGAGCUUGCGCUGCAGCAGGAGUUGCUGCGGCAGCUGCAGCGUACAGCCAGCAACAAAGGAAGCAAAAGCAGCAGCAACACAGCCCCCGAAUCACCUCAGGCCCGCAGAGUCAGCCAGCAAGGCAAGGCCUCCGUAGCGUUGCAGCAGCUGCAAGAGCAGCAGCAGCAGCAGCAAAGCAAGUUCGCAUACACAUUCCUGCUUCCCGAUCAGCACUUCAUGUCUGUCCCUCAACAUGCAAUCUUAGGCUCAGGAUGGGUCUUUGUUUGCUUCCGCCCUGCAGCAUUUGCUGCUGGCGAGAGGGGGAGUCAAGCAGGAGAGGAAACAGAGUCUCCUCCUGAUAUGGGGCCUUACAGUGGGUGGUCGAGUUGCAUAGACACCCGAAGCAAAGCAACAGACUGCCAGUGCAUGCACUGCGCCUACUUGCCGCCUGAAGAGCGCAGCGCUGCUGCGCUUUCUGGAUCAGCAGCGACAGCAGCAGCAACAGCAGCAGGAGCAGGAGGAGGAGCAGCAGAUCAAGACUGCGAGGCAGCAGCUGCUGCUGCUGCUGUCUUAAAUAGAGAGAAAUGCCUCUUCUUUCACCUGUUGCAAGAAGAACAGAAGACAGCGCUGCCGGCAGAGCGGCUGCUGAGGACCCUCACUGUGUUUCCAGCUCUGACUCUUAUGAAUGCAACUCUAACAGAGUUAGAUGUCUGCUUGCUUCCUCCUGCUGCUGCUGCUGCUGCUGGUGCUGGUGCUUCGGGAUCGGGGGUGCCAUUGAAGAGGCCCCCCGCUGCGUCUGCACUGCAGCGGCUGCAGCAACUGCAGCAGCAGCCUGCGUUUAGAGGCACACUGACGAGGCAAUCUGUCUUUUAUGUUUAUGAAGUCCCAGCAAGCAGACAGCUGUCCCUUUGGCUGCGAUUUGCUGUUCUAGAAAAUGCAAGAUGGUCGCCCCCCCUACGCAACUUCCUCUCUUCAGAGGACGGCCUAGUGUCUCGUUUGCUGCUGCCUUCUUCUUCUCUGGCUUCAGUAGAGCUAGAGGUGCUGCAUGAUGCAGCAGAAGUGUCUCCUUAUGUCCCCCUUGUCUCCCCUAAGCAGCUCCUUGCUGUUAUCACCUCCCCCCGUCUCUUUGUUGAUAGAACAGGCCUUCAUAUUAAACCCGUGCACUCAGCCCGCUACUUCCCCGACUUUGGUGGAUACUCCCUCUUAGGAGACUCAGCCACACCGGAAGUGUCUCUCUUUAUGACUCCCCAGGGCUGCGCCCCCGUAGAGUGCAGCGUAAAUGUCCCCGCGCUUCAUGGGUAUACAAAAGCUGAGCUGAGGGCCCCCAACCGUCUAUACACCCUAUGCCUUAAGACAGAUCAGUUAGCUGUUGCUCAAACAGCAGGUGCGCUAUGCCGCGUGGUGUCUCUGGUGCCGGAGUUUCUCUUCACAAACUGUCUCCUUGUCCCCAUCUUUUUAAAACAAGUGCGCACGCAGGGGCCUCUCUUCGAAGUGCAACCUGGGGAGACGCACGCGGUGUAUUGGCCGCAGCAGGAGCUGCCACAGCAGCUGCAGUUUGUUGUGGGGCGCAGCAACAGCAGCAGCAGCAGCAGCAGCUGGUCGGGGCCCAUCAUAGCGAGCGAGGAGACAGCAGGAAGGAAUUGGGUUGCUGUCUUCACCCGUGAGGCGAACAAAGCUGCACAGCCAGUGGAUGUGUCUCCUGAAGGGGGUGUAAAGAGCAUUGCAGUAAGAGGGACAGACACCCCAGGGGCCUUCGUGGUGCGCAAUUGCUGUGAGGCAGUGCAGCGCGUUAUGGUGCAUACCUUCCAUACAGAGAUGAACAGCAGCAGCAGCAGCAGCAGCAGCAGCAGCAGCAGCAGGCAGGGAGGAGGGAGACCCCCUGAAGCUGAUUGCCACUUCUUCGCCCACUCAGGACAAUCUGUCGUCUUCGGGUGGCCAUUCCCCUUCCUCUACAAAUCUAGACCUGUCAGCAGCAACACCAGCAGCAGCAGCAGCAGCAGCAGGAAGGCUAGCAGCAGCAGCAGCAGCAGCAACAUGGCUAGCAAAAGCAACAACCAGGCUAGCAAGAGCAGCAACAUCAGCAUUAAUGCCAACAGGAUAGCACCAGAAACAACACUAGCAAUAAUAACAACACUAACAGCGGCAGCAACAAGGCUAGCAGAAGCAGCACCAGUAGCAGCAGCAACAACACCCCUAGCAGCAGCAGCAACACCACUCUAG